AUGUGCAACUCCUGUUGUGGCUCCUGCUGCUCUGGCCAGGGGUGUGGCUGCUGCCAGCCCAGGUGCUGCCAGACCACCUGCUGCAGGACCACCUGCUGCCGCCCCAGCUGCUGUGUCUCCAGCUGCUGCAGCCCCUGCUGUGGUGGCUCCAGUGGCUGUGGAGGUUCUAGUGGUUGUGGCUCCUGCUGCUGCUGUCCCACUUGCCUCCAGACCAUCUGCUGCAGGACUACCUGCUGCCGCCCCAGCUGCUGUGGGUCCAGCUGCUGCAGCCCCUGCUGUGGUGGGGGCUCCAGUGGCUGUGGCUCCUGCUGCUGCCAGCCCAUCUGCUGUAGGACCACCUGCUGCAGGACCACCUGCUGCCGCCCCAGCUGCUGUGUCUCCAGCUGCUGCAGCCCCUGCUGUGGUGGCUCCAGUGGCUGUGAAGGUUCCAGUGGCUGUGGCUCCUGCUGCUGUCGCCCCUGCUGCUGUGUCUCCACUUACUGCCACCCUUGCUGCUGCCGCCCCAUCUGCUGUAGGACCACCUGCUUGCCCAAAAUGGGUUUGGAAAGCAAGCCCCUGGACCUUCCUGCCUGA